GCCUGCGCACGGACUCUGCUUGCUGUGGCAUUGGCAGGCACUGACACCCUAAACCGACGCCACCCAGGGCCCACUGAAGCGGCAGUGAGCGCCUGGGAACAUGUCCCACGAGAAGAGCUUCCUGGUGUCGGGCGAUGGCUUCCCCGCUCCAAGCCCUGCCUUCCCUGGGCAGCAGCCUCCUGCCCCGCCAGCCUACGCACAGCCCCCCUACCCGGCAGCACCCUAUCCACAGACCCAGUUCCAGCCGGGACCUUACAACCAGCCGGGCUUUCCGCAGGGCCCGUACCCUCAAGGGCCUGGGCCGUACCCAUCGGCCCCAUAUGCUCAGGGGCCAUAUCCACCAGCAGGCGUGUAUCCUCAGGGGCCGUAUCCAUCAGGGCCGUAUAUGCAGCCGCCAUACGCCCAGCCACAGCCCAUAGUCUCAGAGGACCAAGGCUCUCCGCUGCACAGUAACUACCAUGAGGAUGGGCCACCCUCGUACUACGACAACCAGGACUUCCCCAUCACCCACUGGGACGACAAGAGCAUCCGCCAGGCCUUCAUCCGCAAGGUGUUCCUGGUGCUGACCCUCCAGCUGAGCGUGACCUUGGCCUUUGUGGCCAUCUUCACCUUUGUGAAGGGCAUGAAGGGCUUUGUGAGGCGCAACGUCUGGAUGUACUAUGUCUCCUACGCCAUCUUCUUCAUCUCGCUGAUCGUGCUGAGUUGCUGUGGGGAGUUCCGCCGCAAGUACCCCUGGAACCUGGUCGCCCUGUCCAUCCUGACUCUCAGCCUCUCCUACAUGGUGGGGAUGAUCGCCAGCUUCUACCAAACGGACGCCGUCAUCAUGGCCGUGGGCAUCACGGCCAUCGUCUGCUUCACCGUUGUCCUCUUCUCCCUGCAGACCAAGUAUGACUUCACCUCCUGCCGGGGCGUGCUGAUCGUCUGCCUGGUGGUGCUGAUCCUCUUCUCCAUCCUGUGUAUCUUCAUCCGGAACCGCAUCAUGGACAUCGUCUACGCCUCGCUGGGAGCCCUGCUCUUCACCUGCUUCCUAGCGGUGGACACUCAGAUGCUCCUGGGGAACAAGCAGCUGGCCCUGAGCCCAGAGGAGUACGUCUUCGCCGCCCUCAACCUCUACACGGAUAUUAUCCAGAUCUUCCUCUACAUCCUGGCCAUCAUCGGCCGGGCCAAGGACUAGUGCGCGCCCGCUGCUGCGGAGAGUAGGGUAACUUGCCCCUGUGCCAGCCCCACCUCACUGCGUGUCACUGCCCCCACCUCAGCCCUGCUCCCCCAUAGCCAUUUGGUGUGGUGUUUUCAUGGCAUCUCGUUGUUGGUUCUCGUGUUCUAGUUAUUUUGACCCAUGGUCCCCUCACCAGCUCUUCGGGGAGGACAGUGGGGCAGGGGGCAGCUGAGCAGCAGUGGGCUCAUGGUUUUGGAAGGACCCGUCCUGGGCCAUCAUGGGGUGAGGGACGCUCUCCAUCCUUCGGCUGCCCGUGCUGUGUGGGGCAGGGCGGGGGUGUAUACAUCGCUUUGCUCUGCACCAUGUCAGGAGCUGCUGUCUUGCUUCAGGGAAUGUCGCUGCCUGGUUGAGUCCCAAGCACGCUGCUCCUGCCCUCUGGCAGCCCCCCUCCUCCUCCACGGACGUGGCCAGCUCCCUGGUAGCCAGGGGCAGGGCUUUGGCUGCCACUGCUGCUCUCAGCUGUCACUAGCCAGCUGCGUCCCCAGCCUCCCAGUGGUGAAUGGAUUGAAACCCUCUCUGGCCCCAGGCAGAUCAGGCCUUUAGUGAGACGACCAGAGAGAGCUUCAAAGGCAGGCUCUAUUAGUGCCUGGGCCUGGAGAUCUGGCAUGCUGGGCGGUGCCUCCCAAGCGCAGCCCCUGCUGGGCCUGGCAGCACCUGCCUGCGUUCACUACAGUUGGUCAUGAAGAUGUUUGAGACCCUGAACCGGUGGUGGUGGUGGUGGGCUGAGUGCAGGCCGCUCCCUGGAGUGCCCUGGUGUGCAGCCCCCUUGAGACUGCUUCCCAAGGCGCUGUGUGGCUGGCCCGGGGGUGAGCGCAGGGAUCUGCCCAGUUCCCCUCCCACGAGCACAUGGUGUGGGCUGUGCCGCGGCCCUGCCUUCCCUUUCCAUGCAGUCCUGCUCCGGAGGCUGGGUCCCGGGGUCCCUGUUGUUCUGUAUGUGACUGGCUGCUGCUGUUAAUAAAGCUCUGUUU